AUGCCUGAGCGACCCCCCUUUCCUGGACGCCCAGCACAACCUCCUGGCUUAACAUAUCUUCAAUACUCUCCUGACGGCAAGCGGCUACUGGUUGCAGGAUGUGGAAACUUUGCCCGCUCCUUCAGGACGGGCGACAAUGAUGACCCUGACAUGCUCCCAGAGGUCCAUGAUGACACAUACGCUUUGGCUGCAGGCAACGACUAUGCUAUUCUCGGAUGCGAGGAUGGCACAGUGUGUGAAUACGAGGUCCCCUCGGGAGAUUUGAAGAAGAUGCUGGUCAGAACCACACUACCAAUCAGAGGCAUUGCACUUUCACCAGAUGAACAGUUCAUUGCUGUCUCGAGCGACGAAGUUGAAAUCAAAGUGGUCAAUCGAGACGACGUUGAACAGAUCACCAUUCUACGAAAUCACCCGAAACCUAUAAAACAUUUAACCUACGACCCCUCGGGCAAAUAUCUUGCGGCCUCCGGCACCGACGGAGUCAUUUACAUCUACUGCAUGAGCACGGCCGAACCAAAACUGUUGAAAACGAUUGACGGUGUGAUUCAGCGGCUUGAAACAGCCCAGGAUGCCAGCUCGAAAUGCGUGUGGCAUCCAGAUGGCAGAGCAUUCGCAUGUGCUACGGGAACAAGGGAGAUCAAAGUUAUUUCUGUGGAAGAUGGUGCACAUCAACGAGUCUUUGCAGGAGGACACAACGACGACAUCACCGCAUUGGCUUGGUCACCUAAUGGCGCCCUCUUGGCCAGCUCGGGGGCGGAUGACCAGCUGGUCAUUUGGGAAACCAAGACUCAAAAGGUGUUGAAGACAUUCAAUUAUGAGAAAAUCCUGGAUGUUGCAUGGCAGAGUAAAGGCGAGAACAUUUUCAACUGGACUACGUCAAAAGGAGAGGCCUUCAUCAUUCCGGAUUUCCUCAAAGACAAUGCUCACGUUGCAUUGCUCAAGGGCCCAAAAGUCAGAGCCCCUUUCUUCCAUGACCCUCUUGAUGAGAGACCAGCACGUGUCAAUGGACGCGCACCACUUGUGAAUGGGCAGGGGAGGGACCGAGCUGGAACUCCGGAUAGUCUUGAUCAACUUCUCGGGCCUGAUGAUGAAAAUGAAUACGACUGGAUUGAAGACGAUGAUGGAGCAGGCUAUAUCAAUGAAAACGGCAAACGGACAAGUGGUCAUCUCGGACAACCCAAUGGCCAUUCCGGUAAACGAAACAGGCCCGAGAUCUGGCAACCACAUAUCCAUGAACCAUUCCAACCCGGCGCAACACCAUGGAGGGGAAACCGGAAAUACCUAUGCCUAAACCUCAUUGGCUUCGUUUGGACCGUCGACCAAGAUACUCACAAUACCGUCACUGUUGAGUUUUAUGAUCGCGAAAUGCAUCGAGACUUUCACUUUACCGACCCGUUUCUUUACGACAGAGCCUGCUUGAACGAGACCGGUGCACUUUUCUCCGCCCCAGCGAAAGAUGGCCAGCCUGCUGUGAUUUUCUACCGACCACAUGAAACGUGGACGACCCGGUCCGACUCUCGAAUAAGCCUACCUGACGGCGAAGAAGCAAUUUGCAUUGCUCUCAGCAGUCGCUACAUCGUGGCGUUGACGAACCAGGACUACAUCCGCGUAUGGACACUGCAUGGCACACCUGUGCGACUCUGGCGAAUGAAGAGCUCCCCUGCCGUGACUUGUGCAGCGUGGGGCGACUACGUAAUGACUGUCGGAAACGGAGCGGUCGGGGCUGAUGGCUGCACGCAACUGACGUACAGUAUAGAUAACGUGCGACUGGAUGAAACCCACCAGAACCAAGACGUGCUCGCCCUAGGCAGUCUUCCAGAGGACGCAGAUGAAGACGAAUCGUCGCUCAAGUCCGUCUUCUGGAGCGACGUCGGCGAUCCGUGCAUAUACGACAGCAAUGGCGUCCUGCUGACCCUGUUACACUGGCGGAAACAUGGGCACGCGAAGUGGGUUCCUCUCCUGGACACGCGGCGGCUGGACCGUCUGAAGGACGGGAAGAAAGAAGAGACGUACUGGCCCGUAGCCGUCGCCGGCGAGAGGUUCCACUGCAUCAUCCUCAAGGGCGGCGACAAGACGCCGUACUUCCCCCGACCACUCCUAACGGAAUUCGAAUUCCACAUCCCCGUCUCCCGCCCUAUCGACAGGAGCACCAACCCCGACGGCGACGAAGACGAAGACGCCACCGAGACCGUCGCAGCGGGCACGGUCCGGCUGGAAGAAGAAUAUGUGCGGACGUCGAUCCUGCUCGACCUGCUCGACGACCAAGUCCAAACUCAAGGCGACCAGGCGGGCCACGAGGCCAAGACGCAGCUCGUGCGCCGCGAGGUCCAGACCGACAAGAUCCUGCUGCAGCUACUCGCCAUGGUGUGCCGCGAGGGCGAGGACACGGGCAUGAAGGCCCUCGAGAUCGUGCGCCUGUUCAAGGACCGCGGCGGCAAGACUCUCGACGCCGCCGCGAGGGUUGCCGAGCGCUGGGGCCGGAAUGUCCUGGUCGAUAAGAUCAGGGACUAUGCCGAGAGGAGGCUGAUGGGGCUGGAGGACGUGGAGGAUGAGUAG